GGGUCCGGAGGCAGCCGGCGGGAUCGCGGCGGAGCCGGAGAGCGCAGCCUCGUCCCCAGCUCGUCCCCAGCCUGUCCCCGCCACCGCCGCCGGGGCAUGGCCUGUCUGAUGGCCGCCUUCUCGGUCGGCACAGCCGCGAAUGCCAGCAGUUACUCGGCCACGAUGACCGAGCCCAAGUCCGUGUGCGUCUCGGUGGACGAGGUCGUCUCCAGCAGUGUGGACGACGCAGAGACGGACCUGCUGAAUGGACACCUGAAGAAAGUGGACAACAGUCUCACCGAGGCCCAGCGCUUCUCCUCCUUGCCCCGGAGGGCGGCCGUGAACAUCGAGUUCAAGGACCUGUCCUACUCAGUUCCCGAAGGACCCUGGUGGAGGAAGAAAGGAUACAAGACGCUCCUGAAAGGGAUCUCAGGGAAGUUCAGCAGUGGGGAGCUGGUGGCCAUCAUGGGCCCCUCGGGGGCCGGGAAGUCCACGCUCAUGAACAUCCUGGCCGGAUACAGGGAGAGCGGCAUGAAAGGUACAGUCCUCAUCAACGGGCUACCCCGGGACCUGCGCUGCUUCCGGAAGGUGUCCUGCUACAUCAUGCAGGACGACAUGCUGCUGCCGCACCUCACCGUGCAGGAGGCCAUGAUGGUGUCCGCGCACCUGAAGCUGCAGGAGAAGGAUGAAGGCAGGAGGGAGAUGGUCAAGGAGAUCCUGACGGCCCUGGGCCUGCUGCCCUGCGCCAACACGCGGACCGGGAGCUUGUCGGGUGGCCAGCGGAAGCGCCUGGCCAUCGCACUGGAGCUGGUCAAUAAUCCCCCGGUCAUGUUCUUUGAUGAACCCACCAGCGGCCUGGACAGCGCGUCCUGCUUCCAGGUGGUGUCGCUGAUGAAAGGGCUGGCCCAGGGCGGCCGCUCCAUCGUCUGUACCAUCCACCAGCCCAGCGCCAAGCUCUUCGAGCUCUUCGACCAGCUGUAUGUGCUGAGUCAAGGGCAGUGUGUGUACCGGGGGAAGGUCUCCAACCUUGUGCCCUACCUUCGGGACUUGGGUCUGAACUGCCCCACCUACCACAACCCUGCCGACUUCGUCAUGGAGGUGGCCUCGGGCGAGUACGGCGAUCAGAACAGCCGCCUGGUGCGAGCCGUGCGGGAGGGCAGGUGCGACGCCGACUACAAGAGAGAGCUGGGGCGCGAGGCCGAAGUGAACCCUUUCCUUUGGCACCGGCCCUCCGAAGAGGUAAAGCAGGCAAAGGCAUUAAAGGGGCUCAGAAAGGACUCCGCCUCCACGGAAGGCUGCCACAGCUUCUCCGCCAGCUGCCUCACCCAGUUCUGCAUCCUCUUCAAGAGGACCUUCCUCAGCAUCAUGCGGGACUCGGUCCUCACGCACCUGCGCGUCACCUCACACAUCGGCAUCGGCCUCCUCAUCGGCCUGCUCUACUUGGGCAUCGGGAACGAGGCCAAGAAGGUCCUGAGCAACUCGGGCUUCCUCUUCUUCUCCAUGCUGUUCCUCAUGUUCGCCGCGCUCAUGCCCACCGUGCUGACCUUCCCCCUGGAGAUGAGCGUCUUCCUCAGAGAGCACCUGAACUACUGGUACAGCCUGAAGGCCUACUACCUGGCCAAGACCAUGGCCGACGUCCCCUUCCAGAUCCUGUUCCCCGUGGCCUACUGCAGCAUCGUGUACUGGAUGACGUCACAGCCGUGUGACGCCGUCCGCUUCGUCCUCUUCGCGGCGCUGGGCACCAUGACCUCGCUGGUGGCGCAGUCUCUGGGUCUGCUGAUUGGCGCCGCCUCCACAUCCCUGCAGGUGGCGACAUUCGUGGGUCCCGUGACAGCCAUCCCGGUCCUGCUCUUCUCCGGGUUCUUCGUCAGCUUCGACACCAUCCCCACGUACCUGCAGUGGAUGUCCUACAUCUCCUACGUCAGGUACGGCUUCGAGGGUGUCAUCCUCUCCAUCUAUGGCCUGGACCGAGAAGACCUGCACUGUGACAUCGACGAGACGUGCCACUUCCAAAAGUCGGAGGCCAUCCUGCGGGAGCUGGACGUGGAGAACGCCAAGCUCUACCUGGACUUCAUCGUGCUGGGGAUUUUCUUCAUUUCCCUGCGCCUCAUUGCCUAUUUUGUCCUGAAGUACAAAGUCCGGGCAGAGAGGUAAAACGUCUGACACCUGGAAGGAGGAGCGUUAAGAUGUGGUGGCCGAGGGUGUCCCCAAGUGGACUCCUCCGACCCCACCCUGGGAGCCGCCUGGGCGCGGGGGGUGGUGCCCGGCCUUCGGCUUCUCAGCUCAGCCUGCCGGGGUUGGAUGUUCUCGCACUACCUUUUCUAGCUUUAACUAGGAAGACGUAGAAGGGUUUUGUUUUUACAUGAAGGAUUUAAAACACCGAAAAACUGGGGCAGAAUUUUAACAUUGCAACAAGCUGGUGACAAGAGGCCUUCCCCGCCAAUUUUGUCCUGCUGUGGAGGUGACAUAGUCUGGAUGGGGAGCCAGGACAGCUUCUCUGUGGGUCACCUGGGGAGUCCAGGCCGUGGGGGGCAGAAGGCCCAGCAAGGAGGGGUCCGUUUUAUGACUUCUUUCUCCUGGUUUUCUAAGAUUUGUCUCUUUUCUGACGAAGUCACUUUCAGAGCCAAAAGUUGAUAAAUUUUAUUCAUUUUAGGAAGUGUAUCUUUAGCAUUAGUGAGGGACGUGUUCAGGGUAAAUAACUGACUGUGUUGAGAGACAGGGGAGUUGGACCCGCCUGCCCGCCUGCCUGCAACCCACCCACCGCGGCCUCCUUUCUGGGUAGGACCUGUGAACAGUCAGAUGCAGGCUCUGGGUGGGGACAGUGGCUGUGCUGCAGGAUCCCUGAGUGUCACACAAACAGUUCUCAGAUGAAACUGGCGAACUCUUCUGUGGCAUUUCCUUUCCCAUCUGCUUCUUAUUUUAAGCAAAAGAUGAUUUCUUCCCAAAUUUCUGACCACCUUCAUUUUGCCUAAAAAAAUAUCAUGCAGGUCAGCCCAGUUGAUUUUUAAAGAAUAUUUUCUUUCCUCAUCUAUCACAUGGACUACCUCCACUGUACCUGGGAAGCUGAGCUGGGGGAAGUUUGGGGUGGGACCCUGGAGCCUUGGGGCAGCUGGAGCUGGAGGGACCUGGGCCGGCUGGACAGGGUGGGUUUGGCCACAAGGUCCCCAUUAGGAAGACAGAGUCACCUUCUCCUUCCAGGGUGCCGGGACCCUCGCAUCAGGGUGGCCCUUGAAAGGCUUCCCUUAGUGACAGGUCAGCUAACUUCCCUUGAGCCACAGUUUUCUCAUCUGUAAAUAAUUGUGCUAGAUCAUGCUCAAGGUCCUGUUCAGGUCUGAAAGGCUGAGAGAUUCCCGAAGCCUUCAUUUCCUACUCAUAUAGAGAAUGGAAAGGGUCCAGAGUUGCCUGUCUCUGUGGAUUUGGCUUUAAAAACACUUAGAGAUUUCUUAUUUUUUUUCACUUCUAGAUCUUUUUUUUAGCAAACACAGUUGAAAUCUAUAUUAAGCUGUACUAUUAAGCUUGCUUGUUCUAUACAAAUAGAGGGUUGCCUUAGAUUCAGUUUUUAACCAGGGUCCAACUUAGCCUUUAUAAAUAAAGUCUUGAUUUAAUUUCGAGUGUAAUUGCCAUGUGCAUGGAAGGUCUGCUUAGCAGUUGCUAGAGAAAUACACAGGAAGGGCAAAGAGAAGUCCUUGAUUGAGGUCGGUACCGGGAGAAGCCUGUCCCCUAGCCUUUCCUGUGUGGCUUGGUGUUGUGGGGCUGUGGUCUGUGACCUCAAGGAGGGUCUGACCUCCCAGGUACUGUGCCCGGUGGGGCCACGGGGCUAUCCCAAAGACAGCGUCCCCUCGCACCCAUGUCAGAAACAGUGCGGUUCCCCCAUGUGCACAUCCGGGCUCCACAAGCACCCCAGCCCUUGAGGAAACCUUUCCCUAGGACUCCGCACUCCCUGCAGCCCACUCUCCACCAGGAGCAGUUAUUCCCACCCUGUGUAAGUGAGGGUCUGGCCAGAAUCCCCAAAAGACCCGUCGUGGGACAGGAGGGCCGGUGGCCUGGACAGGGCGACACAGGAUCGGUUUUUAAAGGACUCGGAGAGCAGGGGACAGGGAGGAGGUGGCCCCUGUGCGGGGUCCUCAGGAGGCCUGGCUGGCGUGACAGGGUGUGACCCUGGUCCUCUUCCCCUGUCCACAAGGCCUGGGUGCAGCUCCCCGGCUCCCUCUGCUUCCAGGGCUCACAGGCUGUCAUCUGGCUUUCUGGGCCGCUCCUUGCUUGUGCUCUGGUUUGGUAGGACCCUUACUCCUGGGACCUAAGCGUCCACGCAGCCAUCCAGGAUGAUUUCUGAAUCAUCGUGGGAAGAGGCGGGUGGUGAGCUCUGUUCCCUCCGCUGGGAUUGCAGCCCAGACUCCCCAGAUCUGACGCCUCAGGGGCCUCUGACUGUAAGGGCCACAUACACCUUUCUCCUCCACUGAAAGGAAGCGUGAAAGCCGGGUGGACGUGCGCCCCCCAGUGUCAGUGGAGGGCACUGCAGUCCAGGGGGUGUGCUCCAAGGAAACUUGCUGGAGGAGAAAGGGGGUGCACGGGCUCCUGCCCAGGGAGCCUCCUCUUUGCUCCCACACCCAGCAUGUGCUGCCUCGUCUCUCCUCCUCUGCCCAAUUCCACAGAGAGAAUUAAGCUCCCAGAGGUCGCCGGGGUGGGGAGCCAUACUUGAGCCUUGUACCACCAGGGCUCUGUGGCCCCAAAUCCGAAUCCUUCACCUUGGGGGCCCAGCUUCAGGAUCAGGAAAUGGAACACAGAGCUUCCAGGUCAAAGCUCAUCUAGAAGCCCAGUGAAAGGGUGUUCUCCCAGCCCAGGUGCGGAGCGGAAGCAGGCUCCUCCCGGAGGACCGGGUGCUGGGUUGCCUGGCUGUCGACCCGGGCAGGUGGGGGCUCUGGGCUUGGCCCCAGCACAUGGCCGCUUGGCUGUCCUCUCCUGGCAGGUGCAGGAUGCUGAGGCGAGGAGCCAUGCAACAGUGUGCCCAGGCCUGGAGCUGGAGGGGGGCGGGGGUUACCAGCAGGCGCAGGCGGAGCGGGGAGGUGUCCGCACCACACCCAGCUCAAGGGAGAGGUCACCACUUGGGGCUGACCUCGCCCUGCCACGGAGAGGGCAUCCUACCCCUGCCUGGGCUCAACUUCCCAGCACAGCCACUGGCCAGCUUCUGCUGUGCAUGUGUGUGUGUGCAUUUGCACACGUGCACACAGGUGUCUGUUCAUGUGUGCAGGCCUGCGCCAGGGUGUUGCUUGGUGGGGUCCCUCUGCCUUGCUGCCCUCAUCCCCAAGGAGAGAGAGUCUCUUCUCAUUUCGUGCCUGUGCUGCCGACGGAACCGGGGUGAGCAAAACCCACUGGGCCUCUCGUCAUAGCCAGCUCAGUGGGAAAGGGACAGAAAGUAAAGCAAAGCCCAGAGGGCCCGUGGGAGAUGCAGAAUGUGUGAGUAGAGGCUGAGAUACACUUCAGCAGUGAAGACUGCUAAUAAAAUAUUCUGUAUCAAACUCAGUGUCCAGUGCUUCAGGGACUGGCUCAGCUUUGCCAGGUCAGCUGGCAUUUAGGCUGCACGUGGGGUGCCCUUCCCUGGUGCCAGCCAGAGACAGUGGCCUGUCUCUUUCCGGGACAACCAGGUUUUACAGUGAGCAGGGACCUGGGUGGGCUCGCUCUGUUCCAUGGGGCACCUUUCUUUUCCCUCUGUCCCCUCCCUCUCCAGGAUGCCCACCUCCAGGGCCCCAUACAAGGUGUGAUCAACAAACACAGUGAAUGCCUACAUUUAAAAAAAAUUUGUUACAGUAAAACACAUAAUGCCAUGAAUCCUCUCAAAAUUCUCCUCUUUGCUUCCAACACACCCAUCCCAUCCUCCUUGCCCCUUCCUGCAGCGGCUCUGGAGCCCUCUCUCCUGAGUGUCUUUGGCUGCGCUGUCCUGGCUGCCUCGAUGUCCUGAAUGCAUUCAGAAUGUUUCCCUUCCUGGUCAUUUUGACUUUGGGGAAGAGCUGGGAGUCACAUGGUGCCAGAUCGGUGACUAAAGUGCAUGAGUACGCAGUGUCAGGUUUUCCUUUGACAGAAAUUGCCAUAACCAGUUGAUCAGCACUUGGUGAUCAAAAAUUUUUGGAAUGUUUAGAUUUUAAAAAUUUGUUGCACUAAGACCCAUUGCAUUAGACCCUCUAGAUACUCAGACUGCUGCCCUUCACUUGAACUACACUUCUCUCAUUGAUUUGGAAUUAUUAUUAUUGUUAUUGGUACCAGGGAUUGAACCCAGGACCUUGCGCUUGCCAGGCAGGCGUGGUGCCACUGAGCUACAUCCCUGGCCCCUCCCAUUGUUCUUGGCACCGUGUCUUUUACUAUUGGAAGUUUUCUUUCAUUUAAACAUUCACCACCGUUUUGGGUCACCCUUGUGAGUGGCAAUGCUGGCCCCUGGUCAAGAACACAGCGCAGAGGUGCGGGGGUGACUCACCGGGGUUCCUGACUUGCAGCUGCUGCUGGGAGGUGGCAAUGUUCCUAGCUCUGACAGAACUUUGCUCCCCAGAGGGUGCUAGGCCUGGAACAGUGGCCCAUCCAUUUCCAGGGAGUCGCCCGGCCACCACCCAUCCUGGGGCCCUUCAUGCAGCCUCUCCUGUGGGUGACCCACACCAGGCCCUGAAGGGGAAAGGCAGGAAGGCCCAGGGCAUGUGGAGAACCCCGUAUUCCUUCUGGAGAUGCCAGGAUACCACUUAAUCCAAAUGGUCCCUCAGUUUGGUUUUUCUGAAAAUAUUCUAGAAACUCCAACAGCUAUUCGAUUUGUAUACAAUUUUUUAUGUUCCAUGACCUUUUGGAUACGGACUUUCUGAGCUUAAUCAUAAAUAUUGUGAAUUUCUUGGGCUGACUAAAAUAGGAGUAAAACAUCUGCCAGGCAUGGUGACACACACCUGUAACCUCAGCAACCAGGAGGCUGAGGCAGGAGGAUUGCCAUGAGUUUGAGGCCAGCUUGGGCUACAUAAUGAGUUCAAAGCCAGUCUGAGCUAUAUAACAAGACCCUCUCCCAAUAAAAAUAAAAUAAAAUAUGAGUAAAGCAUCCUAUCACCCACAUUCCUAAUGGAAUAGGGCCCCGUUCCAGUCCCACACUCCCUCCCGGGGGAGGUGGGGGCCAGUGUCAGAAUGGGGUACCGUGCAGCCUCUUGCCCUCCCUUUCCAUUCAUUCCACUCCUUGGAGACAUAUUGGGGCGAUGCCUGGUCACUGGGUAGUUGGAGCAUUGCUACCUUUUAUCUGGCAAGGAAUUGUUUAACUAUUACUCCUUCGUAAGCAAAAAUCAAUGCAAGGAACUUUGUAAUUGGCGUGCAAGCGUGCGAACAUAUCUAACUGAUGUGCAGCCGGGCGUCUGUCUGGAACGCUGUGUGGUCCCUUGGGAAGCAGGCCUCGGGAGGCUUCCCUGGUGGAGAAGAACUCCGAGCACUUUUCUGCAGAUGCACACUCACGUGCAGAGCAACAGCGGUGUCGGCUCGGGACCCCUCAGUCCCCAAAGGGGCGCCCAGCCUUGCAGACCCCGGGACCUGGGCUUAGACUCCGCCCUCCACACCUCCCUUGCCCAUUUCUGCCUCGGUCUCCUUAGAUUUGUACCUGCAGUUUUUGCAGAUUUGAAGCUGGUUUCUGAGAUUAGAUGCCAUUUAUGAAAAACGUGAUAUACAUAAAUAAAGCAUCAUUAUUUUCA